AUGCCGUUCUCGGGCGAGGAGCGGAGCCUGCAGGGGAUCUACAAACCGGCGGGGCCGGCGGAGGGGCGGCCGGCGUGCUCCGAGUGCUACACCAACCGCUCCUUCGUCUACGACGAUGGCAGCGCGCACAGGCUCUCGUCGCCCGGCGGCUGCGGCGGCGGGGACGGCGGCGGGAGCCGCAAGAGCGGGGUCAUUCUGGACAUCGCCUCCCUGAAGAUGACGGAGCUGGAGUCCGAGGUGCUGCCCCUGCCGCCCCGGUACCGUUUCCGCGAUCUGCUGCUGGGGGACCAGUCCUUCCAGAGCGACGACAGGGUGCAGGUCGAGUUCUACGUGAACGAAAACACCUUCAAGGAGCGGCUGAAGCUCUUCUUCAUCAAGAACCAGCGAUCGAGCCUGAGGAUCCGGCUCUUCAACUUCUCCCUGAAGCUGCUCACGUGCCUGCUGUACAUCGUGCGUGUCCUGCUGGACAACCCCGAGGAGGGCAUCGGCUGCUGGGAAUGCGAAAAGCAGAAUUACACGGCGUUCAACCAGUCCACGAACAUCAACUGGUCCCACAUCUUUUGGGUGGACAGGAAAACCCCUCUGUGGGCCGUGCAGGUCAGCAUCGCCCUCAUCAGCUUCCUGGAGACCAUGCUGCUCAUCUAUCUCAGCUACAAGGGGAACAUCUGGGAACAGAUUUUUCGCAUUUCCUUCGUCCUGGAGAUGAUCAACACAGUGCCAUUCAUCAUCACGAUAUUCUGGCCCCCUUUGCGGAAUUUGUUCAUCCCCGUGUUCCUGAACUGCUGGCUGGCCAAGUACGCCCUGGAGAACAUGAUUAACGAUCUGCACCGAGCCAUCCAAAGGACGCAGUCAGCGAUGUUUAACCAGGUGCUCAUCCUCAUCUGCACCCUCCUGUGUCUCGUUUUCACGGGGACCUGCGGCAUCCAGCAUUUAGAAAGAGCAGGUGAGAAGCUCUCCCUCUUCAAGUCCUUCUAUUUCUGCAUCGUCACCUUUUCCACCGUGGGCUACGGAGAUGUGACGCCAAAGAUUUGGCCUUCCCAGCUCCUGGUGGUGAUCAUGAUCUGCGUGGCCCUGGUGGUGCUGCCGCUCCAGUUCGAGGAGCUCGUCUACCUGUGGAUGGAGCGGCAGAAGUCGGGAGGGAAUUACAGCCGGCACCGCGCCCAGACGGAGAAACACGUGGUGCUCUGCGUCAGCUCGCUCAAGAUCGAUCUCCUCAUGGACUUCCUCAACGAGUUCUACGCCCACCCACGCCUGCAGGAUUACUACGUGGUGAUCCUUUGCCCGACGGAGAUGGACAUCCAGGUGCGGCGCGUGCUGCAGAUCCCGCUGUGGUCGCAGAGGGUGAUUUACCUGCAGGGCUCCGCGCUCAAGGACCAGGACCUCAUGAGGGCCAAGAUGGACAACGGAGAAGCUUGCUUCAUUCUCAGCAGCCGGAACGAGGUGGACAGAACAGCGGCGGACCACCAGACCAUCCUGAGGGCCUGGGCUGUCAAAGACUUUGCUCCAAACUGUCCUCUCUACGUUCAGAUCUUAAAGCCAGAAAAUAAAUUUCACGUCAAGUUUGCUGAUCACGUGGUGUGUGAAGAGGAGUGCAAAUACGCCAUGCUGGCACUGAACUGCGUCUGCCCUGCCACCUCCACCCUCAUCACUCUGCUGGUGCACACCUCCCGUGGCCAGGAGGGCCAGGAGUCCCCGGAGCAGUGGCAGAGGAUGUACGGGCGCUGCUCGGGCAAUGAGGUCUAUCACAUCCGCAUGGGGGACAGCAAAUUCUUCAUGGAGUACGAGGGGAAGAGCUUCACCUACGCCGCCUUCCACGCGCACAAGAAGUACGGCGUGUGCCUGAUCGGCAUCCGCAGGGAGGAGAACAAGAGCAUCCUGCUGAACCCCGGCCCGCGGCACAUCAUGGCAGCGUCGGACACCUGCUUCUACAUCAACAUCACCAAGGAGGAGAACUCCGCCUUCAUCUUCAAGCAGGAGGAGAAGCAGAAGAAGAAGGGCUUUGCGGGCAGGGGCAGCUACGACGGCCCCUCCCGCCUGCCCGUGCACAGCAUCAUCGCCAGCAUGGGUACAGUGGCCAUGGACCUGCAGAACACCGAGUGCCGCCCCGCCAACAGCAGCAAACUGGCGCUGCCCGCCGAGAACGGCUCGGGGACGCGCCGGCCCAGCAUCGCCCCCGUCCUGGAGCUGGCUGACACCUCGUCCCUGCUGCCCUGCGACCUCCUCAGCGACCAGUCCGAGGAUGAGAUGACGCAGUCGGACGAGGAGGGCUCGGCGGUUGUGGAGUACGUGAAGGGCUACCCCCCAAACUCGCCCUACAUCGGGAGCUCGCCGACCCUGUGCCACCUUCUGCCCGAAAAAGCCCCGUUCUGCUGCCUGAGGCUGGACAAGGGCUGCAAACACAACAGCUUCGAGGACGCCAAAGCCUACGGGUUCAAGAACAAGCUGAUCAUCGUUUCCGCAGAGACGGCCGGGAACGGGCUCUACAACUUCAUCGUCCCGCUGCGGGCGUACUACCGCUCCCGCAAGGAGCUCAACCCCAUCGUGCUGCUGCUGGACAACAAGCCUGAGCACCACUUUCUGGAGGCCAUCUGCUGUUUCCCCAUGGUUUACUACAUGGAGGGCACCAUCGACAACCUGGACAGUUUGCUGCAGUGUGGCAUCAUCUACGCUGACAACCUGGUGGUGGUGGACAAGGAGAGCACCAUGAGUGCCGAGGAGGACUACAUGGCAGACGCCAAGACCAUUGUCAACGUCCAGACCAUGUUCAGGCUCUUCCCCAGCCUCAGCAUAAUCACGGAGCUGACCCACCCCUCCAACAUGAGGUUCAUGCAGUUCAGAGCAAAGGACAGUUACUCCCUGGCCCUUUCCAAGCUGGAGAAGAGAGAGCGAGAGAACGGCUCCAACCUGGCCUUCAUGUUCCGGCUGCCCUUCGCGGCCGGGAGGGUGUUCAGCAUCAGCAUGCUGGACACGCUGCUCUACCAGUCGUUCGUGAAGGAUUACAUGAUCACCAUCACGCGGCUGCUGCUGGGCCUCGACACCACGCCGGGCUCCGGGUACCUCUGUGCGAUGAAGAUCACCGAGGAUGACCUGUGGAUCCGGACGUACGGCCGCCUCUUCCAGAAGCUCUGCUCCUCCAGCGCCGAGAUUCCCAUCGGGAUUUACAGGACGGAGUCGCACAUGUUCGCAACCUCCGAGCCCCACGACAUCAGAGCGCAGUCACAGAUCUCAAUCAAUGUUGAGGACUGCGAGGACACCAAGGACGUCAAGGAGCACUGGGGCAUCAAGACGAGCCACCACCGGAACUCGUGUUCCAGCGACCAGUCGGAGCACCCGCUGCUGCGGCGCAAGAGCAUGCAGUGGGCACGGCGGCUCAGCAGGAAGGGCAACAAGCACUCCAGCAAGACGGCCGAGUGGAUCAGCCAGCAGCGCCUCAGCCUGUACCGGCGCUCCGAGCGGCAGGAGCUGUCCGAGCUCGUCAAAAACCGUAUGAAGCACCUGGGCUUGCCCACCACCGGGUACGAGGAUGUAGCAAAUUUAACAGCCAGUGAUGUGAUGAAUCGGGUAAACCUGGGAUAUUUGCAAGAUGAGAUGAACGACCACCAGAACACCCUGUCCUACGUCCUGAUCAACCCUCCCCCGGACACGCGGCUGGAGCUCAACGACAUCGUGUACCUGAUCCGCUCCGACCCGCUGGCGCACGUGGCCAACGACGGCCACAGCCGCAAGAGCAGCUGCAGCAACAAGCUGGGCUCGGGCAACCCCGAAACGCGGGACGAGACCCAGCUGUGAGCGUCCCCCGAGCGCCGCUCCCCGCGCCGGCCACGGGGCUCCGGGACAGC